UACAGUCGUAGGCUUCUCUUCCUUACGAUAUGAACUACGGACGUGCUCUUUUGUACGGACUCGUGUUCACCACUUUGAUAUCCAGCUCUGCCUCGACGAGAGAGGAGGAGAAGAGAGCCGUCGUUGAUAAGCAACCGCAAGAACAAGGUCAACAACAACAACAACAGGGAAGAACUGGAGUGGACCUCAACAGUCAUAAAGUCGGACAGGAAGACGAGAAACCAAUGCCAAAAGUACGAAUUGUAACAGAUGCAUCCGGCGGGGACGAUAAAAUAGACAACAGCAAAAGUAGCAAACCCUUCAAACAGCUACCAUCAUGUAAUAGUCAACAACACAAGAAGCAGAUACCCGAUAGUAAACAACAAGAGGAAGUAAAUUAUGGUGGGGUGGACUCUCUCGAGGACAGAGAAACUAACGAUCGUCCACUCAUCGCUACCGGUAGUGCAGGGACAAGCAAUAACUUAUCCUCAGCUCGCCAUUUCCUAGUCAGCACUUUAGAUGGCAAAUUGACAUUGUUGGAUCAAACUGGGAAGGAAGUGUGGUCCCUUUACACUGGAGAAUUAUUCUCCUCUACAAUUUCGUCACUUCAGUUGAGCGAGAAUGGAAAAUGGGUCAAUUUGAUUCCAUCCCUCACUGGGGGUCUUUACAAGUACGACGAAGAAAGCCUUCUGCCCAUGCCCAUGAAUGUUGACACUCUGCUCCACAAAUCAUUCAAGCUUUCCAACGACGUCGUCAUCAAUGGUGGGAAGGAGCUCCGAACUUUGGGCAUUGACUUGAAAACUGGGAGGCUUCGUUAUGAUUGUGGUAUGGCUGGAUGCGUCAACCAUCAAUCCAAUGAGUUGGAAGAGGCAGGUGCGGAGGAACCUGUGACCUUGGUUGUAAAGAAGCAAUUGCAGACGGUUCGAGCUGUUGAUACCCAGAGUGGGACGGAAAAAUGGAACUUUAGCGUUGGCACGAACGAAAUGGGACUCACUGGUGUUGUAGAUGGCUGCAUGUCCGAGGAAGACGACGGAGAUCAUUCCAUCCCACGUGGAGCUCUUGGUUUUGUAAAGGUUGUGAUACCCGAAGGCAGACUUUUAAGUGCAGACCCUUUAAGUAAAACAGUUUGGGACAAGAAAUUUACAAGUCCCAUAGCUCAAGCUUGGGUUGUAGAACAGGGGCGUCUUACAUAUGUGGACCCCGUCCAAAACACUCCACUAAAAGAAGGAUCCCUCGCAAUCUAUGUGGGCAGGCACAAUCAUCAGUUUUAUGUCCAAGAAAGUAGAGCAGUUUCUCAAAAGUUGGAAAAACUGAUGGGUUACCCCAUGGCGGCCGCGUUGGAUGUAAAUAAACCUCUCAAAAUUUCUUGGAAGCCAUCCUACAUGAUCAGUGAAGACUUGUCCGACUCGGAAGAUAGUGGUGAUGAUGAUACGGGAACAGCUUUGACCACGCUCAAUGGAAUUCGUCCCACAAUGCGUCCAUUUUAUGUGUUGGAACACGAUGAGAUUAGCAGUGACAGUUUGGAGUUUGUCGACGCGUCUACCACCACGCCAACUCCACCCAGAAAGGACCAUGCAACUACCACCGAUUCUUCAGAUGAUGAUGAAGAGAAAUUGGAAGGAGAUUCAAUUUUCGACAGAUUUGACUUUGGAGGGGAAGAUGGUCCAAUUACCGUUAUCAAUCAAGUUUUUAUCGCGUCUUUGUGGGUGUGGUGGAAAGAAGUGCUUGGCAUCAGCCUGCUGACGGCUGUUUUACUAAAUAUCAUUCUGAUGAGACCACUGAUGCGUGCAGUACGAGUGCAGACCAUCCGGGAUAUAAUUAGAUACCUUCGAGAGUUUGUGAACAAAGAUCAGCAGGAGGGGCAAUUGGUGCCUUCUCCAAAUCCAGAGUUGCUUCCACUCAUGGGCUCGUCAGACUCUCCCAUUUCAAUGGAAUCCAUCAUAUCUCGACCCAGGACUAUUUCAGACUCAUUUACCAGUAGUUAUGGUGGUGGGGGUGGGGUAGAAUUUCCAGAGAAAGAGAUUCCAUAUUUAUCCCAAUACUUGAGAGAGUUUGAACCUGUCCAGUGUCUCGGAAAAGGAGGGUUCGGAGUUGUGUACGAGGCAAAAAAGAAAAUCGAUGACAGGAACUAUGCCGUCAAAAGAAUUUCUCUUCCUAAUCGAGAAGAGGCUCGUGUGCGUGUUAUGCGUGAAGUUAAAGCUCUCGCUCAAUUAGAUCAUAGGCACAUUGUUCGAUAUUUCAAUGCUUGGAUCGAGCAUCCACCAAAUGGCUGGUUGGAAAAAAACGAUCCGCUUUGGACAAAUUGUAACAUUGGGUCAAUGUCUCCCACUGCGGACGAACCUGUUUCAGAUUUUCCAGUCAGUACUGGUGGUGGUGAUAAUUUAACACCUCAUGGAGAUAGACAUGGUAGACGUCGUAGGUGCGCAUUGAAACGAGAUUUUGAUGUGAGCGCCCCCCUUGUCGAAGAAGACUCGUUUAUCGUGUUUGAUGAAAACGUGGAAAUUUCAUCCAAGCAAGAGUUCCCUGAAAUGAGUGAGGGAUACGCUGAAGGACCGUUCCUUGAAAUGCAUUCACUCAAGCACGAGGGCGACACAACGAUUGAUAUUAGCAGCGAUUUGUCGACAAGUCAUGGCGCUGGCGGGUUCUUUUGGAAAAAGCCUGACCAUAACUCUGUCUCUUGGAAUGAAAUGUCGUCAAUGGAAUUUAGCAAACUAGACUCAUUUUCUCGUCUAACAGUGUCCAAGAGUCGGGUUGUGUUUGAAUCAGAAGUUGGUGCUUGUGGUGAUAAUGCUGCUGCUCUUACUGAUAAUGACGACGUUGAAGUGGGUGAAGAAGCUCAAGAAAUUGAAAGUGUUAGCGUUAUGUACCUUUACAUUCAACAAGAAUUGUGUCAAAAGCGUACUUUGAGAGAAUGGUUGCGAACAGAAACCACUAGAGAGCUCAGAACAGUUGUGAAUUUUUUUAGUCAAAUUGUUGCCGCUGUAGAGUAUGUGCAUUCGAAAAAAUUGAUCCACAGAGAUUUGAAACCAAACAACAUAUUUCUAUCUGGGAAUUCUGAGGGAGAAGAGCAUAUCUUGAAAAUUGGAGAUUUCGGUCUGGCUACCACUGUGUUGGCGGACGUAAAUCAAGGAAUUUCGGAGGACAAUGCGACAAAACAUGGGGACAAGAAUCAUCCGGCAAAUAAUCUGACUGGCCAAGUGGGGACACAACUCUACAUGAGUCCAGAACAGUUCAAAAGAAAACCAUACGACUACAAAGUAGAUAUUUAUUCUCUUGGACUUAUAUUUUUCGAACUAAUCGUUCCAUUUCAUACCGAAAUGGAGAGACAUGAUGUCCUCUACAAAUUGAGAAAAGUCCAAAUUCCUUCCUACUUCGAAGACUCGUACCCACAAGAGCAUUCCUUGAUCCUGCAAAUGAUCUCACACAAUCCCAACCAACGUCCCGACGCUACAUCAAUCACCCAGUGGGUGAAAAAUCAUCUCAGAGAGGUCGAAUCUUUUGACCUAGGAGGAGAUGAUGGAGCUGCAGACAAAGCUACCACGCAUCGGUCUAACUCUUCCCCAGCAAAUAUUUCCUUAUCUCGAAGUGGUUCCCUUAACUCUCCACAACCACCACCUUCUCCCAACGAUUCUCAAAUUCGGAAUGAUAACCUUUUCCUAAGAAAGCCUGGAGGGAGCGAUGGAGACCAGCAACGCCAACGGUUUACAAAGUCACACUCGUUUACAUCGCUCUAAUGUGAUACAUAUAAGCUAUUCUAUUAUUUUUCGACUGUACUUAUACACCAAAUGUGAAAGAUGACGGUUUAAUAUUUAAUUUGUUACGAAUAAUGCCUUAUAAUAAUAACAUAAAGUCGGACUGCAUGGUAGGCAUAUAAGCAAUACAACAAACAGGCAUCUUUUUUUCUGGCCUAGUUGUUUCCUCAAAAGUGAACUCCAGAUUUGUGAUAUAAAAAUAACUUAAUAAGAUAGCAAGUAGCAUGCAAAACAAGCAGUAUUUUUACGCGUUUCGCGAUGUAUGCAGCAGGUAUUUCCUUACGCAUUUACGAAAUGUUAUUGAUAGUAUGUAAUUAUUCCAAUACGUUAUAUAAGUCAUAUUAUUGAAUCUUUUGUAUUGUGAUCGUAUAGGUUUAUGAUCGUUCGUUCUGAUUGUUUUUACGCAUGACAUUCCAUUUUCAUAAUCAUCGUGAUUUAUUUACAUGUUCGCAAUAAGGAAAUAUGUGAUUUUGUAAUAAAAUAUGAUAAGUACAUGUA